AGGCUCUCAGCCAAUCAGCUGCCCGCAUCCUGUAUGACAUUCAGGCUUCACAUGUUGUUGCUUUUGGGGAAUAUCUUGAAAUGAAUUCUAUCUUUUCGUCUCUGUCGCGGCUGCGCGGACUGAGUUACGCCAGCAGUGUGCCAUUGAGGAACCUUGGAGUCAGUGGCUUCUCCCCCCUCAGAUCAUUCAGCAGCUGUCUUGUGCCUCGAGCAACGCUGGGAUCUCCUGGCUACAGAUGUGGACCAAUUGUCUCCUCUGCGGAGGGCAGACAAGUGUUUCAACAACUUCCUGGCAAUUACCAGCAAAUUCGAACCAGGAAAAGAGGCACCGAGUAUCAGCCCAAGAACAUUAAGCGCAAGAGGACCCAUGGCUGGAUCAAGAGGCUUAGCUCACAGGGAGGCAUUGAAGUGAUCCUGCGGCGGAUGUUGAAGGGAAGAAAAUCUCUGUCACAUUGAAGCGCUUGCCAGAAGACGGACUGCGAAUAGAACUGUGUUGAGAGAGAGAGUUUUUCAUGCACACAUCGGAAUUCAAACUUGCUAAAAUAGCUGAGUAUGAGUUGGAAGAAGGUUAAGUUCCUAUCACAGCCUAAAAGGACAAGGCCAAUAACACUGGAGGUUGUCUUGUUUGUGUUGUUCAACUGUGGCUUGACAACAAUGCUGUUUGACAUUGAAGAUCUUCUCUGGUUUGACCUUGAUAUGUGGAUCAGAUAACCCUUGAAAAGGCCUUCCUACAUGCUUCAUUAAAAUCAGUUUUUGACUAUGA